GGUGCGGACUGUUACCGGACGGGACUGUUCGAAAGCAGAAACGGAGGGUUGAAUUUCUGCUCCUCGGCCGGGCGGUGGGAGGAGGUGGUGGACGGUGUUUAAGGAGGAUAAACUGACUGAAGCAGCCGGGGUUUGGAGGAGGGGGGGUGGGGGAUCUGCUGUGACCCCCAAACAGCAACAACAUGGAGCUGGAGAACAUCGUAGCCAACACGGUGCUGCUGAAAGCUCGGGAAGGAGGCGGCGGGAACAGAAAAGGAAAAAGUAAGAAAUGGAAGCAGCUGCUGCAGUUCCCCCACAUCAGUUUGUGUGAAGAGCUGCGACAAUCCACAGAAAAGGACUACAGCAGCCUGUGUGAGCGGCAGCCCAUCGGACGUUUACUCUUCAGACAUUUCUGUGAGACGCGACCUGAGCUGAGAUGCUGCGUCAAGUUCCUGGACGCUGUGGCGGAGUACGAGGUGACGCCGGAUGAGAAGAGGAAGGAGUGCGGUCAGGAGCUGGUCGACAAAUACUUCAACCCACAGUCAGAGGAUCAUGUUCCUGAGGUGGAGGAGGCCAUGUUGGCUCGGUGCACUGAGAGGCUGCAGCACGAGUCCUGUAAAGAACUCUUCAACGACUGUACAAAGUUGAUCCACGACUACCUGAGCGUGGCGCCGUUCGCAGACUACCUCGACAGCAUGUACUACAACAGAUUCCUCCAGUGGAAGUGGCUGGAGAGGCAGCCGGUGACGAAAAACACGUUCCGACAGUAUCGAGUCUUAGGGAAAGGAGGCUUCGGAGAGGUGUGUGCGUGUCAGGUACGGGCCACGGGGAAGAUGUACGCCUGCAAGAAACUGGAGAAGAAGAGGAUCAAGAAGAGGAAAGGAGAGUCCAUGGCGCUCAAUGAGAAACAGAUCCUGGAGAAGGUCAACAGCAGAUUUGUGGUGAGCUUAGCGUACGCCUACGAGACGAAGGACGCCCUGUGUCUCGUGUUGACGCUGAUGAACGGAGGCGACCUGAAGUUUCACAUCUACCACAUGGGCGAGGCGGGUUUCGACGAGAAGAGAGCCGUGUUCUACUCUGCAGAGAUCUGCUGCGGGCUGGAGGACCUGCACCGAGAACGCAUCGCAUACAGGGACCUGAAACCUGAAAACAUCCUGCUGGACGACCACGGUCACAUCAGGAUUUCAGACCUCGGGUUAGCGGUUCAUGUUCCCGAGGGGCAAAACAUCAAGGGACGAGUGGGAACAGUGGGGUACAUGGCUCCGGAGGUGGUGAAGAAUGAGCGCUACACGUUCAGUCCUGAUUGGUGGGCUCUGGGCUGCCUGCUGUACGAGAUGAUCGAGGGUCAGUCUCCGUUCCAGCAGAGGAAGAAGAAGAUCAAGAGGGAGGAAGUGGAGCGGCUGGUGAGGGAGGUGGACGAGGAAUACUCCAGCAAGUUCUCAGAGGACGCCAAGAGCUUCUGUAAAAUGCUCCUGGCCAAAGAGCCGUCAGAGCGUCUCGGUUGUCAGGGAGACGGCGCCGCGGAGGUCAAAGCUCAUCCCAUCUUCAGAUCCAUCAACUUCAAACGUCUGGAGGCCGGCAUGCUGCAGGCGCCCUUCACUCCUGAUCCCCAGGCGAUCUACUGUAAAGACGUGCUGGACAUCGAGCAGUUCUCCACGGUGAAAGGAGUCGAGCUGGAGCCGAAAGACGACUCCUUCUACAGCAAAGUGUCGACAGGCUGCGUGUCCAUCCCCUGGCAGGACGAGAUGAUUGAGACCGAGUGUUUCAGGGAGCUGAAUGUUUUCCACCAGGACGGGACGGUUCCUCCUGACCUGGACUGGAGAGGACAGCCGUCCCCUCCGCCCAAACAGGGCUUCCUGCAGUGGCUGUUUGGCCGACAGGACUGCUGUGGUAACUGCAGCGACAGUGAUGAGGAGCCAACCAGGCUGUGACACACACACACACACACACACACACACACACACACACAGACACACACACAUACACACACACACACACACACAUAUACACACACACACACACACACACACACACUCACACACACACACACACACACACACACAGACACACACACAAACACACACACUCACACAGACACUCACACACACAGACACACACACACACUCACACACUCACACACACACACACACACACUUACACACACACACACAGACACACACACACAGACACACACACACUCACACAGACACUCACACAGACACACACACACACUCACACACAUACACACACACACACACACACACACACACACACACUCACACACACAGACACACACACACACUCAAACAGACACUCACACACACUCACACACACACUCACACACUCACACACACACUCACACAGACACUCACACACACACACACACUCACACACACUCACACACUCACUCACACACACACACACUCACUUACACACACACACACACACACACACACACACUCACACACACACACACACACUCACACACACACACACACACAUAGGAUCUUAUUUGUUUACAACUUUUGCACAUUUGUAACUUGAGAUAGUCCUCUCUCUCUCUCUAAAUGUCAGAAUGUAUAUUUUCAGACAGAAUAAUGUUUAAUGUUAUUUAAAAUAUGAAACGAGCUCAGAAGACCAACAGGUUCAGAUUUUUUUUAAACGUUUACUCGUCCAGGGAAGCUUUCUGCUUUGACGUCCAUGCUCUCUCACUCGUCCAUGGCCUGCUGUAAAAGUGCCUUGCUGGAGGGCACUGCGUCAGUGGUUACUUAAGGGAGGACUGAACAUUCCUCUUCACUUUGACCAGGGAUUCGAACCGGCUCAUGAACUCUGACCACUUUUCUUCCUCCGCCCUCCAUCCUGCUGUGACAGACCUCAGCUCCUUUCUCUUCUAUUUAAGUCUUUUAAUAAAAGUCUGAUUUUUA